UUCUUUUUGGUGGAAAAGGGGCAUAAAGAGACUUUUCUUCCUUAGAUUAGAUAACAGCUUUAUUGUUGGAUACUGCAGAGGGGUUGGUGAGAGGACGUGUGACGGAUUGUGGGGGAAUUUGGGAAGUUCGGGACAGUUGAAGCGUCAGACGGAGGAUUUUCUCCAAGUAACCAAUAAACUGCAAGCUUAGUGCAGACCACCAACAUGUGGUGAAGCCUCAGGACAAAUCGGCUGAACUACUGGUUUCUUCACACCCUUGACUUAAAAAAGGUGCAAAAGCGCCACCAUAAGCAGACGACAACAACCCAACUGCAAAGCUUCUUUACAGGUCUUCCCAGUUUUACAGGCUUGACUCUGUAAUGGAUAGGUUCGGGACACUCCAGCUCUUCACUGCAGUUUCUCUGUUAGGUCACGUGUGUCAUUGCUGGGAAGCGAAUGUACCCAAAACAGUCACAGCCGUCAGGGACAGCUGCGUGUUAGUGCCAUGCAACACGUUCCCUUACAGUAAAGUCAUCUGGUAUAAGUAUAAAUCCGUAGGCUACCCAGUUGUGUACUCCAAUGAACAGAGUGGCAUAAUGGAUCAAUUUAAAGGAAGAACAUCAGUCCCGGGAGAUGCCGAAAAUGGAAACUGCACUUUAAGGAUAAACAACGUCCAGACUGAAGACAGCGAAGUGGAUCUGUACGUGUGGGUCUGGAAACGUGAUGGAAGUGACAGUGGAUUUGAAUACCAUACCACUAAAAUAAACAUUUUGAAUCCCACAGAUCCUGUUAUAACUGCAGAAAGUGAGCAGGUGGAGGGAAAGGCUUUCACUGCAAAGUGUGAAUUCCGCACUUCCUGCCCCACACCACCGCAGAUGUUCUGGAAAGGUUUGGAUUACAUUUCUAAUAAAUUGAUCCACACGCAGAACGGUGAGACGUUAUGGGUCACCAAGAUCACCGGUACGUUCACUGUAACUCGCAAGAACCAGGGAGCACGACUCAGCUGCACCGCCAAGCUCAAAGAGCAGGAGUUUCAAAGUACUUCAGUCACGCUUGAGGUCUUGUAUGCCCCGACGGAUGUGAGAGUAGAUUUCACAGGAAAGAACAUUGUGGUCGAAGGUCACAGUAUCUCGCUUGCAUGUACCAGCGAUUGCAGGCCUUCAACCAUAGACUACGAGUGGGUCGUCAACCAGGACAGCACCACAAAGCGCUACAAAGGAAGCACUGUUGUCCUGCAAGAUGUUAUGAGAAACACAUAUGUUUCCUGUAUCGCCAUUAACGCCAUAGGACGCGGUGAAUCAAAGAAGCUACCGCUCACUGUCCACUAUGCCCCGACGGAUGUGAGAGUAGAUUUCACAGGAAAGAACAUUGUGGUCGAAGGUCACAGUAUCUCGCUUGCAUGUACCAGCGAUUGCAGGCCUUCACCCACAGACUACGAGUGGGUCAUCAACCAGAACAGCACCACAAAGCGCUACAAAGGAAGCACUGUUGUCCUGCAAGAUGUUAUGAGAAACACAUAUGUUUCCUGUAUCGCCAUUAACGCCAUAGGACGCGGUGAAUCAAAGAAGCUACCGCUCACUGUCCACUACCCUCCAUCCAUCUUGCCGGGUUCGUUUUGCUCCACGUCGAACAGACUACUAAAGUGUGUGUGUCAAGCUGUGGCCAAGCCAGACGCUGAGAUCUCUUGGACCAUAGAUGGCAGCAGUACACUUUCUCCAGCCUUAAACACCACGACCCUGCACACUGAUAGCGUGACGGUGUCGGAGUUGACCGGACAGUGGGACAGUGGGGGCAAUAUCACCUGCACAGCAACAAACAUCGCAGGGAGCAAAGUUCACCAAAUACAACUCCACGAAUGGGUUGAUUCAUUAGCGCUGGUGGCUGGGGUUGGGGCAGCCUGUGCGUGUGGCAUCGUAGGACUUGUGACAGUGAUCAUGAUUUGUAUAAAGAGACGCCGAGCAGAGCCACCUGCAGACCUCAUCGCUGUCCAGACUGUGAGGUCUGCUAAAAGAAGCAAUAACUACAGGCUAAGUUUAGAUGAAGACCUGUAUGUGAACACAGCGCAGGCUGAAAAGGAGUGUAAAGAACAGGUGACAUCACAGGAUGCAGAGUCUUGUAUCUAUGCGAAUUAUGACAAAGGGCCCUGAAUCAAGAGGAAUCGAGAUGGCGACGCAUUUAACGUGGAAGAAAGUUUUGUGCAUUGAUGUGACGGUCAUUUAAACAUUUCUGCUCUGAUUAAUAAUUAUGCUUCAUUCUGUCCAAUCUGUACAGAUAGAUAGAUAGAUAGAUAGAUAGAUAGAUAGAUAGAUAGAUAGAUAGAUAGAUAGAUAGAUAAGCACAUACUUUAUUUAUUAAUAAAUCAUAAAUAUGCAGGACUUUCUUUAUUAAUUCAUUUUCAGAUUUGUAGUUUUGAUUACGUACCUAUUUUUAUAUACAAAGGAUUGCUUAAAUUAUGUAUUUUUUGUUUUAAAAUAAAUAUG